CUGGCAGCGGGCCCUGGGCCAUCGGCGAGUGUGCACGGGGACUCGGGACACCGAGGGCAGCGAGCCGACGGAGCGGUCUGCGGCAGGACCGCGGCGGAUCCUCCCGCGCCAUGCGCGCCCUCCUCGGCCUGCGGGGACUCCGCGGACUGACGCUCGCGCUGCUUCCCUUCCUGUGCCUUCUCGUCGCCGCGCUCCCGAGCCUGGCGGACGGCGAGGAUCCAGAUUCACCUUUUACAACUCUACCGGUCCAAGAAGACGACAUGAUGGCAAUAGACUCUAACCAUUCCUUGGAGAUUCAUAACAUAUCACUGACUGAAUAUUCCACUAUGCCGAUAGAGAAAAACAUCACGUUAGACAGGCCUUCUGCUGUGAAGCUCAUAUGUGAGCUGACAACCUCUGGAGAUCUGAAUUCAGUAAAUGUGACCUGGAAAAAAGGUGAUGAUGUGCUUGAGAAUAAUUAUCCCACCAGUGCAACAGGAAAUAUCCUAUAUACCCAAUACCUGUUAACCAUCAGUAAUAGCAAACAAAUGGGAAGUUAUUCUUGUCUCUUUCAAGAGGAAAAAGUACUAAGGGGAACAUUUAAUUUCAAAGUACCCGAACUUCACGGGAAAAAUAAGCCAUUGAUCUCUUACGUGGGGGAUUCUACUGUCUUGACAUGUAAAUGUGAAGACUGUUUUCCUUUAAAUUGGACCUGGUACAGCAGUAAUGGGAGUGUACAGGUUCCCGUUGGCAGUCAGCAGAAUAAGCACGUGGUGAACGGGACGCACGCGAAUGAGACGAGGCUCAGGAUAACACAGCUUUUGGAGGAAGACGGGGGAUCUUACUGGUGCCACGCGCUGUUCCAACUGGGCGAGAGUGAAGAACACAUUGAGCUCGUGGUGCUCAGCUAUUUGGUGCCCCUCAAACCAUUUCUUGCAAUAGUGGCUGAGGUGGUUCUUUUAGUGACCAUUAUUCUGCUUUGUGAAAAGUACACCCAAAAGAAACAACAGCCCUUGGAUGGUGGGAAAGAAUUUGAACAAAUCGAGCAACUGAAAUCAGAUGAUACUAAUGGUGUAGAAAAUAAUGCUCCAAGGCUCAGAAAAACUGAACCUGCGGGCCAGUGAAUGCAAAGCCACAAGUCAAGGACCACGGGAAGAAGUCCAAAGAAUUUGUAUUUCAGCUUUGUUUAUCUUUCUUAUUAAGGGCAUCUGAGUUUUUAUUUUUAAAAGGAUGAAAACUUUGCAUCAUGCUCAGCAGUAGUUUCGUAAAUAAUAUAUGCUAUCUCAGAUCUAAAGAUAUAUUUUUAUUCUCUCAUUGUUUGAUAUUAAUGCAGGGUAAAUUGUAGUAAAUAUGCUCUAUAAACUAUAACCCAGGGUAAUUACUUUUAUUAUGGUCUUCAAGGAACACAGAAAAUAUAUACCAGCAAAAUCACUUAAUAGUUCAGAGGACCAACGUCACUCAAGACCUGUUUAUAACCAAAGAAUUCAUCACAGAGAAUGCUCUUUCCAUUUGUCUUAAAAAGUUUUUCUCCAAUCAUGCUUUCUGUGUACAGAAGUAUUUGUAACAAUUUUCACGUAAGGUGAAUUCUUCUGUGAUAUUGAAAAAAGUAUAUCUUCAGUAGGGAAUAAAUGCUUUCUGCCUCUGCUUGUGAUGGUUUCUCUACAGUCUCCACAGCAAAACAAACUUCUUAUUCAGAAUUGUUUGCAUAAGGCAAGAAAAUAAAACCAUAUGCUUGCCCCAAAGCUCUGUCACUAGAUAAGCAAAAUGUCCAGUGUUUAAUCCACUUAUAACCACUGCUUUCCCACACCAGACUAAAGUGCUUCUGAAAGCAUAGCGUUGUUUUUUAUCUGUGGGUUUUGGACUUCUUAAGGUACUUGGUAUUGAUGUUUGAGAGUCCAGGCCCACAUCGUCCUGAUGCAACCAUACUGCAGUGAGGCUUCUGUGGUUCACGGUUUUCUGGUAUCUUUUUAUUUGAUACCUGUUUUCCUGAUAGUCAUGGCUAUUUGGAAAAACGUAUUAGUAGUGAUUUACAAUAAUGAUUGCUUUGACUAAAAUCUAGAAGUGCUAAAGAAAUUUCUGUUUGUUUUGACUGCCUCACACUUACCUUCAAAAAUGAGAUACUUAGUUUGCAUUGCACAUAUAACUGAAAUAUCUUAUAAACUCACUAAAAUAAAAUGAAAUAAUAUCUGAAUAGAUGCAAAAAAUUACUGGUGGCUUUGAAUGUAAUGAAAUUGAUGCUACAGGAUCUUAGAUGAGAUCAAAGGCCACGAUAUGAAACUGAUAGGUGUCCUUGGUGCUGGUGGGUCCAGUGUUGCUUGUGGGGCAACAGUUAAAACAAUCAGAAGCAAAGAGGGAAGAGCUCGAGAUGGUGGCGAGGAACCCCCGAUUCUUGGUGGCUAGGCAUGAAAACAUGAAGAAGAGGAAUUCAGUGAUUUCAAAAGAAACAUUUUAUGGAAAUUUAUACCAUGUAUGGGCUAAUUCAGGUAACAUUACGGUAGUGAAAAUCAUAUUACAUUUUAGUGUUUAUCAAUAUCACUAGUACAAAUAAUGUAAGGUAGUGACUUGGAAACUGCUCACUAUUUUAUUGCUGUCACAAAAUGCAGCAUUUUGUUGUAAAGCAUAUUAACUGCACACUCAACUUUAUUGAACUAGAAUAUACCCUUAAGAAACACCUGACUUCAUUUUAUUGUCUCUCAGAGCUAUACGUUUAUUUCAGUUUAAUUCAUUAUUAUUUUGACAACAUUAUCUUGGGUGAUAGCUAUAUGAUAGCAGGUGACCAGUCAGUUAGCUUAAUUAAUCUAAAUAAUUUGAAUUCAGUGAAACAUUAGCCAACCUGCUAUUUGACUAAGUCAAUACAGCAAAGCAGUAUGUUUGUAAUGGAGUAUGUGGAAAAUACUCCCUAAAAAAGCAGCUCGUUUGCGGUAUGCAUCCUUCCAUCUUGCCACCACUGACUAUUUAGGCUAAAAUAGUUUUCACGUAAGAAAAAUUACUGCCCAAAGGUAAAAUAGCCUGAAAUACUUAUGCAGCAAAUUGAAUUUUUAAGUGGCAAUUGUUGCUAUUUACUUUUUCUAGCAAAGACAAUUUAUUUCAGUAACUUUAAACAGGAAAAAGUCCUCCAAAAUUAAAGUUGGUUUUGGCUUUUCAGAGUCUCUCUGGAGGAUUUCUGGAAAAUUACCACUGUUAAAUUAAAAAUGGACUGCUUCCAUUAACUAACCUCACGAAGAUGAUAAGUGGAUUAACUAAUAAUGACCAAUUAUAAAUUGACGACAAAUUCUGAGGAACAGAAAAGCUGAAGCAGGAAAAUUACUCCAAGUUUAUAUAUUAGGCACCUUGGGAAAUUCUCUUAAUCUUUCCAGCUAACAGGGUUUUUCAGCAUAAUGAGCAGACUUAAUGAUGUCAUAAAAUUCCCAGAUACUUUCACAUUCAGUUUAUGCUAAAGUAUAAAUCUUCUUUUGCCGUCUUUUUCUUUUUCCCCAGCAUCUAGUUAUUUGGCCCAAAUCUAGAACUCAUUGUGAUCCUUUCUUCUCUUGUAUUAACUAAUACUUACUGGUUAGGGAUCUUGUUCCUAUGACCUUCUGAAGAGUUCAUGAAUCACUUCACUGCCUCUGCCGCCCUGCCCUCGCAGCUCUGCCCUCGGCAGCUGUAACAGUUAAUCCCUUGAUUGUCCUACUUCAGUCUCUUCUAUCAGUCCAUCUUUUGCAUGGCUUUCGAAGUCCUCUUUCUAAAACACAGAUCUCACUGUGCAGCUUAACGUGACAAGUUAGAUUUCUGCAGGGUCACCUUUGCCAUUUCCAGAAGGAUGCGUACUGGAAUUCUCCAAAUCACUAAUCUCACUUUAGGAUCUUAAACCAGCCAUGGCACAUAGAGAUUUGGCCCAGAAUUUUCUUCCCACACUUCUUCCUGCUGGACUAACUGGAGGUCAGCUUUUAAGGCUUUCAUCUGAUGUUUCCUGAAGAGCCCUCAUACUCAGUGGAUCACAUACCAUUUUUUGUGCUCAAAUAACUCCAUAUUUCUCUGUGUUUAUUACUGUGUAUUAUACAUUUGUUGGGCUCUCCCGUAUCCUGCCUUCUAUAUCUGUGCCCUGUACCUACCACAGAGAGGGUGUAGUAGAGAUGUCUUGAGAUGUGUGUUGAAUGGAUGAAAGUAAAAAUACAAAUUCAAUUUCAUAAAUUUGAACUUAAUUUGAGAAAAGCAAUGUAAAAUGUGAAAAUCAGAAUUGAAAAGAAUAUUUCAACAGAAGAAAACAGUUUGUAUAACUUCAAUGUUUGCUGAUAUUACUUUGAAAAACACAGAACAAAGUUCCCAUCAGAUUUUUCUUAAAUAAUGUAUUAAUGUCUUGUGAGCAAAGGGAGUUCUAAUUUCUAAACUAUUAUAUAGAGGCUGUUGCUUUCAACUGUUUGUUCUUCAUGUUUCAUGGACAAAGUACAAAUGUAAACCCUAUUUUUAUCCUGUAUCUCAAAAAGAUAGCACAUUAAUUUAGACAUAAGGAAUUUUAAAAAUUGUACUCCUUUGAAUGGUACAGUAGAGAGCUGGUACGUGUGCCCCUUCCGUUAACCUCCUUAUUCUACUUCAUCCUGGCAGCACCUCAUUAGACUUUAGAAUAUCGCAGAACCUAAUUCAAAAUUGAAAGAAACAAUUUUUUAAAAAGUUUUAUUGAUUUGUUUUGAUCACUGGAAGCAUUAUCUUUUGCUAAAUUCAUUUUUUUUAAAAUGUCAUUUCUGCUUACUUAUUCCCCAGGUCUUCAUCUUUGAGGCAUUUAAGUAGGUCUAUGCAAAAUGAUUUACUGAAUAUCCACUGUACUUCUCAAUAGAAAAAUAAAUCUACUCUAAAUAAAUAAGUCCAUGCAAAGAAUCAGAAUUGCCAUCGUUCAUCUUUAGAUGGGAAUAAGUUCAAGUAUGUAGUCCCAUACUAAUUAAAAGUCACAAUGACCUACUUGUUCCAUGCUCUGAAUAAAUACUUAUUGAAUGAAUAGAAAAUAGAGGACUUACUUAUUCAGAAUCUUAAGAUAUAUGUAUCUGCUUUGAUUUUGAUUAAUUAACCAUAAACUGAUCCUAGAGUUGAGGGAAGAAACGGGAAUUAUGUGCACUUGUUUUGUAUGAUAUUAGGAAUAUAUCUGUACUGUAUCUAGAAGGGCACUGUUGUACUGUUUACCAAUGGAGCUUUUCAUUAAGGAUAUGUCAUAUUAUUAAAUAACAAUGACAGGUAUUUCUUGAGUGCAUAACAUGUGAUGGGCACUGUGCAAAUGCUUUGAAAUGUUUUAUCUCAUUCAAACCCCACAUCCUCCCAUACUAAAAGAGGUAUCAUCUACUGUUUUAUAGAUGAGGAAACUCAAGCUUAGAGAGAUGAAGUAAACUGCCCAGAGUCACCUUGCCUGUAAGUGUUCAGAGCUGGGAUUGCAAUGCAAGGAGUCUGGCUCCAGAGCAGAGGCUUAAUCACCAUGUUGAACAGCUUUGGCCUGUUAAUUACAUGCUGCUUAAAAAGUGAGGCUAUUAUCUAUGAAAUAUACUUUUUAUGUAAAUUAAUUCCUUUAGCAGGUCAGUUGUAUCAUGAGUUCUAUUAUCCUAUUCUCAAGCUUUAUGGGACGUAUGUGUUGGCACUUCUGCAGUGGUCCUGGGGAGUCAAUACACAUUUGUUCUAGGGCUCUUUUUUUUCUUAUGUUUUUAAUUUUUUCUAAUUUAGAGUGAUGAUAAAAUUCACCAUCUAAACACUGAAAACAAAAGAUGGUGCUAUUUAUGAUUUCAUCAGGACGCCAGGCAGAUAUCACACUUAGGCUGUGGGAAGAACUAAGUGAUUUAUGGAUGGUCCACCCUAGACACAGCAGUGACAUCUGCAGCAAGCUGGAAUAAUAAACAGAUAAACCAAGAAAUAAACAAGAAUCAGCCAUUUUUAAUACAUGUAAGAAAUAGCUGUUUAUGACUUUCACUAUAGACAAGUGCCUAUAAUGAGAUAAUUUAGGAAGAGUCAAGUUUUAUCACUUUAAUACCCAGAGUAUCUAAUAUGAUCUACUAGGAUUAAGAUUUACUGGCAUUCAAAAGUAUGAUUCAUAAAUUGUAAAAGAAGCUGGUGAAGAAGGUCAUGUUUUGGCUGGCCUGUAGAAUACUAAAGAAUUCUGUGGGCUUGUGUAUCUUCUGAUUGGUAUGUCAUAAUAAUAAUGUCUGUGAUUCUUAAUGAAUCAGGAAUGCUUGAUUGUGCUUGAUUUAUACAAUGAAAUUUGCUUAUGAAAUCAGUGAAUAUCAUUCAUGAAUAACAUUGUCAAAAUUACUUUCAAGCUAUAUUUAAACUAUAACAUUGAUUACCCCUUCAUUACCCCAAUCAGAAAAUGCUAAGGAAUCCCACUUAGGGUAUUGGUUAAAAUCUGUAUAUUGUUUUGAUAUUAUUAUGUUUAAAAAACCUUAUUCCUAACAACUUAUUUUGCUAUUUAAUUUUCAAUUGACUUCAGCAAAUAACUUAGCACAAAUUCUUAUUUUUCUGAAGUCUAUUUGAUAAGCAAAUGAAAAUAUGAGAGUAAUUACAUCUACAAUUAACUACAAUGCUAUUUAAUACUAUAAAAAGAAUAAGAAAACAUGACACUAACUGCUUCUGUAAUUUUUAAGAUAGAAUUGUGACCAUAGUCUGUUUUUCUUUAAAUCAAAGACCAAGGAUUUAUUGUCACAUUAUUUCCCGGUGACUGUAAUAUUUUCCUUCUUUGGCAUUCAUGCCUACGUCUCGUCCAUCCCUUUCUGUAAUGUGGAAGCAACAUAGAAAAUGUAUGUACAGAAAAUGUUUUUAAAAAAACUUUUCUGUUGGGUGUAUCUCAAAAGUUGUAUCUAAUAUGCAACUUAAUUCAAUAACAUUUACAUUUUGAAUUAUAAGUAAAGAAUUGGAAAAUAGAUUCUCAAGUUUUUAACUUUUGAUACUGUUUUAAAAGUGACUAUAAAGACAG